AUGUCUCCCACUCCAUCCGUCAGCCGACGCAAGUCGAACGGAGGCAAGGGCGGCCUCGUCGUCACCCUCGCUGUCAGCGCAGACAGGUUGAAGCAGAUCCUCGACCCCAGUCCCGUUGAGGAAGAUUCGCCCGUCAAGAUGGACAUCGAGGAAACAAAUGGGACGAAGGAGACGCAAGAGUCGCAGGACUCGCCUGCCACGUCAACGACGUUGCCUGCCCCGGUCGCCACGAACGGCGAGACAGCAUCCGACUCGAACCCCGGCACGCCUGCCGGUGAUGGCACUCCCGCACCCACGUCAAUGGGACCUCCCACGGAGGGAGUCAAGAAGAAGGGCACCAAGCGUAGCGCUACUGCUGUCAACGGACUUGGUCCCGAUGGGCAGCCCAAGAUCCGAGGUAAACCAGGACCUAAGAAGAAGGCGAGACUUGAGGACGGCACAAUCGAUCCGAAUGCCCGCGCUGGUGCUGCUGGACAUAAGCUGGGACCAAAGGCGAACCAAGGUGCCAUCAACGCUGGCCUGCGGGCUCUCGACCGGUCUGGCAAGCCUUGCCGCAAGUGGGCGAAGGGCGGUUUUACGCUCAAGAGUUUUACGGGCAUCGUCUGGGAGGUACCUCGAUGGGUCGCGCCGCCCAAGACCGUACCCGAGUCCAGCACCGAAGACUCUGCUGCAGCUUCUGUCGACAGCAGUUCCAAGGAGAACAAGGAGAACGACCAGGUCAAAAGCGAUGCUAACAGUGCGGCCAACAGCGGCGCCGACGUUGAGAUGCGGAGCGCUCCCGGCAGCGUUCCAGCGAGCUCGCCCGCGCCGAUGGCCAUUACCGCCGCGUCAUGA